GGGCAUAAAUAAAAUUUGUUCAUCGUCCCACUCAAUGCUUUUUCUUCAUUGGAUCGAGUUACUUUUAUCAAAGGUAAAUAUUUCUCCCGUGUGUAUUUAAUUGCUUAAUUAUUUUACAUAAUUAUCAGCUAUGUAUGAGUUAUAAUAAUGCGUGAUUUUGUGAGUUUUGAAUAAAUUUGAGACUUGUGAAUUUGUAAACUAUGAAUUUAUGAUUAGGGGUUUUUUUUUUUGAAAAUUUAUGAUUAGGUUUAGUUGUACUUUAAAAAUUUUAAAAGAAGGAUUCUAAGGAUGAUCGAUUUCAACGCACGCUGCUUGAACGAGGCCGCUGGCGGCGACGGCGUUGCCCGCCUCUUCCUCUCGGCGGCGAGCUUCCGGCUGCAGGAGUACUGGAUGGCGCCCCACGAGAUCCACAGCCUGUUCCGCUCCGCGGUGGAUUUCGCCGGAGAGAUAGAGGCGGCCGCCGCCGCCGACCACCGAGAUGACACCCGCGUUGUGGUGGAGAUUGAGGUCUGCACCGUGCAGCAGGCGGGGGAGGAGAUUUUCGCCGCCUUCAACCGGGCGAUCCGGCCCGACCGUUUGCUCCCGAUGUGCGUCUUCGAGAUCCCGUUCCAUCCGUUUCCGGAAGGAAUAAUGGGACGACGUGGAAGAAGGCUUUUGUAUUACUUGCGGGACCUGCGCAGGAUUAGAGUGGAACGGGCGCUGAUGGGCGCGUGCGGGAUCUGUUCGUUUGCCGGAGCGACGCUCUUUCCCGGCGCUUCUAGCCUUCCACGCCUACAAGAGGAUUACAGUUUGAAAAUGGGGGGUCAGAAGAAUACUUCAAAAUCUAGUAAGAAUGCAGGUCAAAGUGUUUCUGCGGCAUCGAUGUUUGAUGGACUUGAGCAGCUAGGGAAUAGUGACAAUGAUGCCAUUGAUGAAGAGAUUGAAAACCGUCCCGUUGCUAUCUUUACUGGAAAGAAAAAGAAAACAUCGAGACAGAGUAAUCCGUUCUAUUUGGACAAUGACGAGGAUCCCAGCUUUAAUAAUCUGGAUACCGGUUCAUUUUGUGAUGCCACUGCUCAGGAAGAAGAUGGUACAUGUGUGAUUAUGUUUUCGGGUAAAAAGAAGUCAUCUAAAAAGAAGAAUGAUUCAGCAAUCAACACCCUCCAGGGAGAGUCCAUAGACAAGGCACCUCAUGCCAUUAGUUUUGGCAAACAGAGCUUAGCUGGAAGCCACAGAGGAAUAGAAGGAACAAAAAGCAAGCAGGUUCAAGGCAUUUCCAAGACCAAUUCUAAGAAGCAUAAGGGUGGAAAUACAGCUCAAGAAAAUGAUGAUGAAAUUGAAAGGGUUCUUGCUGAGCUCGGCGAAGGUUCACCUAUUCCUUCUCUUCGUGCUCUACCUCCUUCCAAAGAAAAGUUACCGAUGCAACCUGAACCGAAAGGUAAAACUAAGAAAAAGAAGGGUGGGGACAAGAAUGAAGAGGAGGAUGAAUACGACAGCAAUUUGGCCGAGCCGGGAGAGGCUAUUCAAACAUCAAAACUUGACCCUGCUCCUUCUCCACAAGAGGAAAAAGACAAGGAUCUUCUUCAAGCAGGAGAAGAUAUUUCUGAGAUGGAAAUAGUGGAGAGGGUGGUUGAGUCUGUGGUUGCUAAGAAGAAGAAAAAGAAAAAAGAGAAAGAAAAGGAAAAAAAGGCAGCGGCAGCAGUGGCAGUUGCAGCACCUGUGAUUGAGGAAAAGCAGGAAGCAAAAACCAAUGGCAAGGGUAAGGCCGAUAAAAAAAUCCCUAAACAUGUCAGAGAGAUGCAAGAGAGGCUUGCCAAACUCAAAGAAGCAGAAGAGAGGAAGAAAAGGGAAGAGGAGGAAAAGUUGAGGAAAGAAGAAGAACGUCUACGGCUAGAGGAGUUAGAAAGGCUUGCAGAGGAAAGGAAACGCUUAAAAAAGGAGAGGGAGAAGGAAAAAAUGUUAAAGAAGAGGCAAGAGGGGAAGUUGCUGACCGGAAAGCAGAAGGAAGAAGCUCGCAGACUAGAAAUGAUGAGAAAGCAAAUACUCACAAAUGCUUGGGGCUUACCACUCCCUGUUGGGGAGACUGGUACAGAUGGAACAAAACGGCCCAAGUACCAAACCAAGAAGGUGAAACAACAAUCCCAUGGAAAUGAUAAUUCUAUUGCUGCCACGGCUGAAAAAAGUGAUGUGAAGGAAGCCGAGCAGGAAUUUAUACCCAAGGUUCACCCUAUGGAAACAGACAAGGUUGAAGAAGUGGGUUCACUGAAGACAGAGGACAAACCAGAGAAUGCUGAUGACGAAGAAAAUAGAAUUGGUGAAGAUGGAGAUGACAACGAUUGGGAAGAAAAAAGCUGGGACGAAGAUGAUCUCAAACUCCCCGGUAGAAGGGCAUUUUCUGAUGAGGAGGUAGAUGGUGAACCCAAAGCUUUAGCUAGAAGACAGACAAAGAUUGCACAGGUAGCCGUUUGUCAUUCCAUUGCUUCCAAACAAGCCCCUGUAACUGCAACUGUUGUAUCUAAAAAUGAGGACACUAAUAGAAGGGAGUUUGAAAGCAUGGAGAAAAAUGGUCAAGAAAGAAAGGAAGAACAAAAACUUGUUGCAUUGCCAGACAUGAGAGAAAAGAGCCUCCGUUCUCCCAUUUGCUGUAUUAUGGGUCAUGUUGAUGCUGGGAAAACAAAACUCCUUGAUUGCAUACGAGGCACUAAUGUCCAAGAAGGUGAAGCAGGAGGAAUUACUCAGCAGAUUGGUGCUACUUACUUUCCUGCAGAGAAUAUAAGAGAGAGAACUAGGGAGCUUAAAGCUGGUGCUACACUGAAGGUACCUGGUUUAUUGGUUAUUGACACCCCAGGGCAUGAGUCAUUUACUAAUCUCCGCUCUCGAGGGUCUAGUUUGUGCGAUAUUGCCAUUUUAGUUGUGGACAUUAUGCAUGGAUUAGAGAAGCAAACUAUCGAGUCACUCAAUCUUCUAAAGAUGAGGAAAAUAGAGUUUAUCAUUGCUUUAAACAAGGUUGACAGGCUCUAUGGAUGGAAAAUUUGCAGUAACACACCUAUUCAGAAGGCAAUGAAACAACAGAAUGCGGAUGUAGUGCGUGAAUUUAAUGAACGGGUCAUUCAGAUAGUGACACAGUUCAAAGAACAAGGAGUGAAUUCAGAAUUGUAUUAUAAAAACAAAGAUAUGGGUAAAGAUACAUUCAGCAUUGUUCCCACUAGUGCCGUGAGUGGUGAAGGUAUUCCUGACUUAAUGCUAUUGCUUGUCCAUUGGGCUCAAAAGACGAUGGUUGAGAGACUUACAUUUAGCAAUGAAGUCCAGUGUACUGUCCUGGAGGUAAAGGUUAUUGAAGGCCAUGGGACUACAAUUGAUGUGGUACUAGUUAAUGGGGUGCUUCAUGAAGGAGACCAAAUAGUGAUUUGUGGCACCCAGGGUGAACCUAUCGUGACCACCAUCCGGGCAUUGCUGACUCCUCACCCAAUGAAAGAACUUCGAGUGAAGGGUACAUAUUUGCACCACAAAGAAAUCAAGGCUGCACAGGGCAUAAAGAUUACUGCACAGGGCCUUGAGCAUGCUAUUGCAGGCACUAGUUUGUAUGUUGUGGGACCAGAUGACGAUGUGGAUCGUAUAAAAGAAACAGCUAUGGAAGACAUGAGAGUCCUGACGUUAGCAUACCAGUCUGGCAUUGGGAUAGGACCGGUACACAAAAAGGAUGUCAUGAAAGCUAGUGUCAUGCUUGAGAAGAAGAAAGAAUAUGCAACAAUCCUUGCUUUCGAUGUUAAAGUCACUCAAGAGGCUCGUGAACUUGCAGAUGAAUAUGGUGUGAAGAUUUUCAUUGCUGAUAUUAUAUAUCAUUUGUUUGAUCAAUUCAAAGCCUACAUUGAUAAUCUCAAGGAGGAAAAGAAGAAGGAAGUUGCUGAGGAAGCAGUGUUUCCCUGUGUUCUUAAGAUUGCACCUCGUAGCAUUUUCAAUACGAAGAAUCCCAUCAUUCUGGGCAUUGAUGUUCUUAAAGGCAUAGCUCGGGUUGGGACUCCUAUUUGUAUUCCUUCAAAGGGCUUUGUUGAGAUUGGUCGAAUUGCUUCUAUCGAAAACAACCAUAAACCUGUCAGCUCUGCAAAGAAAGGAGAAAGAGUGUGCAUUAAGAUCGUUGGGUCAAAUUCUGAAGAGCAACAGAAGAUGUUUGGCAGACAUUUUGGCGAGAAAGAUGAACUCGUCAGCAAGAUUUCUAGGAGAUCAAUUGACAUAGUCAAGGAGCAUUUCAGGAAAGAUCUUUCUGACGAAGAAUGGGAUCUGCUUAGGAAACUGAAGAGCAUCUUCAAGAUACAAUAAUGAGGUGUCAAUGUUAGUUGUUUCCACGAAUUCUCAAGCAUUGAAGAGGCAACUGAUUCCAGUGAAAGCUCACUCACUAUUUGG